AUGGCCUCUCUUGUCCCCAUUAAGUUCAGCGUAAUCACUGCCAAGUAUUACAGACUGACUGGCAAGCUCGUGCUGCAUGCCAAAGGCACCAUCCCCGGGUUCUUCCUCACCCCCUGCUUUGAACAGGAGCUCUGGAUAGGCGCACUCAAGUUUGCCGUCAAAGCUUACAGUGGUGGCUUGACUAAGCUCCCCCACGAGAAGGAGGUAGAGUUCGACCGCGAAUUUCCAAUUCAUCUACCCAUUCCCGACUUCAACAACAAGUCGGUCUUGAUCAAGAACGCAUUUGGCACUUCUGAGAUCCCUAUUCAGUAUCUUGACUUUGAAGACUCUACUUCGGAUAUUAUUGUGCCUCUUCUGGCUGCCGCAGAUGACACUGAUGCUCUGGCUAGCAACCCAGACAAGAAAUCUGGCUACAAUACAACUAUCCGCCCACAUAAGGAUGAAUAUCUCACGGAUAAGGGUACCCUUGAUAUCACAGCUGAAGUCCCCAAGCAGCCGACCUCUUGGGUAAACAUUGAUUUCAACCCCGAGUUCAUCAAGCUAGUUGCUGCCAGUUAUGAAAAAGGGUUUAUCAAGUGGACCAUUGCGUGGGAAAAGGUUCCAGAUCUUUCACACGACCCGCAGCGCGUCAGUGUCAUCACCACCGUCGAGCCCGAGGUUAAGAUUCAAAUCUGGCCUCCCAUUCCCAACCCAAAAGACAUUCAGCCCUACCUUAUCCAUCGCAUGUUUAUGGGUGGAGAUCAGAAAGAGUGA